AUUUAAGUGCUCCCGCGGCCCGCGCGCUGUCAGUCUCGUUGUUAACUGCAUUUGUGGUGGAUUACGCGCGUGAUUACGGUGAAACGCACGUGCGCACGUUUUUUUCUUUUUUUUUUUAUCUCUUUUGCACUAUUCGAGGAGAACGGCCUUGAAAAAGUACAGCCGACGAAGCGAGUGAGAAAAAGACGUAUCCCGAGUGUAUAGCAAACGUCGCUUAUGUAAUCGCGGUGGAGGCAGUGGAAGAGACGAGGAAAAGCCGAGAGAGAAGCACGACGUGUGAGUGUCAGCUAUUGCGAGCGAGCGAGCGGAGUGAGAGAGAUAUAUUGGGAACGUGUGAGAGCGAGCGAGCGAGCGAGAGAGAGAGAGAGAGAGAGAGAGAGAGAGAGAGAGAACGCAAGGAGGUGAUGAUUUCGAGAAAAAUCUCGCGGCAAAUCUUUUCUCGACGUCUUUACGCCUUCGAGAGCCGCUAAAAAAAGAUUUUGUGCGUGAUAUAUUCCGGAAAAGGAAAGAGGGAAAGAAAGAGGAAAAAGAAAGAAGGAAGGAAAGAAAUUACUUGCUGGUGCAAGCGAGAGAGAGUGCGUGUCGGGUAUCCAAAAACGGACGCGCGGGCUCGAACAGGUCCAGAAAAUGGACUCGCCUGUCAUCGUGGACGCAGCAUCCAAAUUGGGACGAGAGAUCGAUCUGGACCGCUGCUCGUUCCCCGGGUUCCCUUUUGACGACGACGCCGACGUUUUUGAUCGUCCGCGCAGCGACGGCAUCCGCGCGCACCUGGACGACCUUGCGGCGCGCCACCCCGAGUUCGCCGAGCACCUGCGCGGUCCGCCUUGGCCGUUCAGCGGUUCCCUGCUGCGCGACCGUCGCCGUCAACGCCGCGGCUCCGGUAGUAGCAACAACGACGACCAGCAGCAACAAGGUCAGCAGCAUCAGGACGAGGACGCGCGUAGUCAGGCAAGUGGUAGCAGUGCCGCGAGUGGUGCGAGUGCCGUCAGCUCGCAUAGCGGCGGCGGUGGCGAGCACGACUCGACGUCAUCAUCCGCGAUACCGCAGUACGGUCUACGUAACACAGUGGACAUAGGCCAGCAACAGCGACGUCGCGACAUGGAGAGUAGUCCGGAGAAGGAUGAGCGCGGUCAGCGCUCGAUGUCGGCACCACCGACGGAAAAUUGGCAACAGCAACAGCCAGGUCAAGAACAGCAAUUACCACCGCAACCUGGUCAAGGUCAGAGAUUCGUGUCCCGAGUAGAUAUCACGCCGCAGCACAAUCAGCAACGUGCGCAGUCACCUAGUAAACCAGCCAGCAAUGUCCGACAUAUCCCCAUCUUCGUGGAGGGUCGCGACGUGCCGGUGAUGCCAAAAGUCGCGACAGACGACGCGCCGCCGUCCACCUUCCAGCAACGACAAUCAUCGCCGCCGUCUCACCACUUCGACAGAUCGUCACCGCCAGCGCAUCAUUUCCACAGACCCUCGCACUUUAACGAACGCUUCAGUCGGCAGCAGUGGCCACCGUCGCAUUUUCAGGAUGCGUUUUAUAAACCGUCAGGAUUUGAACAGCCAAUGCGGCGGCAAUUUCAGUCACAACAUCAGCAACCGCAAUAUUAUUAUCAACAGCCUCAACAGCAGCAACAGCCUCAACAGCAGCAACAGCCUCAGUAUCAUCAGCAGCAGCAGCAGCAACCUCAGCAUCAUUAUGAGCAACACCAUCAGCAACAGCAGACUCAGCAACCUCAACCUCAGCCUGAUCAGGAACAGCAACAGCAGCAGCAACAAGAAACUCCCAAACCAAAGCCUCCGGUGCCAAAGGAUCCCUUGGAGAGAGUCGCCCAGGUACAAAAGGACGUAGACGAUCUAGCCGAGCAGGUACAACGUUACGUUGGUGGCUCUCGGCAAGAUAAGGAAUAUAUGUAUCUGGACGAGAUGUUGACGCGCGAAUUAAUCAAGCUGGAUGACAUAGAGACGGAAGGUCGGGAGAACGUGCGGCAGGCGCGUAAGAACGCCAUCAAGAGCAUUCAGGAUACCAUUAGCUUGCUGGAAACAAAAACACCAAUUGCCAACCAGCAACAACUCACCGUAUAUAAAAUGGCUCAGAAAUGUUCUGAGAAAGAUCAGCGGGGAGAAGAAAUCUCGCACGUUCCUGAGCCGAUGGAGGUAGACGCGAAGCAAGAGAAGCUUAGUAGCGAGCCGAUACCGCUUCCGCCGGUGCCGUCGUCGCCGACGAAGACGAAAGUGGAAUCCUCGGAAAGUGAAAGUGCGGCAACAGCUGUCGAAUCAGCAAAUCAAAACGUUAUUCCUACUGGACAGCAGAUUACCAAACAGAAAAUAGAGAAUCCAGUUAUAGCGGAACAGCCUGUCGCAUCGACAGACGAAUCAACAAAAUGCACGGUCGAAACAAGCAAGGAAUCAAAACCGAGUGAUGGAAAAAAUGAAGAACAGCAAAAAGACGUGUUACGAACAAUGGAAAAUAAACAUGCGACAUCAAAUCAGCAGACGAAGGAAACGACGGAGGAAAAAACGGAAGUGAACGAUGGCCAGCGGAGUUCGAUAGAAUCACCAAAGCUACAGAAGAAGGCAAAGAAGACGAAGAAGAAAGAGCAACAACAGCAACCGGUGUCCGAGCAAGCAAUCCCGCUGCCACCACCACCGACGGAGAGCGCGAAGUAAAAACAGAAUGUUGAGGAAGUGUCGUAUAGUCGAACGUGGAUCCCAACGUGGACACGACUCGACCAGAAUUGGCGAACGAGAGAGAGAGAGAGAGAGAGAGAGAGAGAGAGAGAGAGUUUCGUGACACAAAGGAACGAGAAUCGACUAGAAAUGAAGUUCCUUGAGUCACAAUGGAACGCCGAAUGAUGAAAAAAAUAGAAAUAAAAGAGUUUUGGAGGAUAUCGAAUUGUCGUAGAAAUCGCGAAAUGGUUUGAUUUGUAUUAAGACGCUGAACGCUGCUGCCUUUUCUUACUUUUUCUGAGUUUCGAACUAGAAUCAAGCUAAUCGCGUUUGAGCCGAGCAACGAAUCCUUCAGUCACUCGUCAUUGCCUUAGGACGAGGCCUUCCUCUUUUAUAGAAUAAUCACGAGCGAACCGAAGCGGCACCCCCCCCCCCCAAGUUCGUUGACUUCCUUGACCUUCGAUUUGAAGCUCUUACACAUCCGCGUGUUCCAGAGAAAGAAUCUUUGUAGGAAUACGCGCAGCGAGCGAAUUUUUCUCUCUGUCGAUGAUAUUAUUAAUCCUCACCUUUCUUCUAAUUUAUUUAUAAUUUGCGAGCUCGUGGAUGAUUGUGAGGUAAAUAGAGACCGCAUCUGACUUGUAUGAGAUGGAUUCGAAAUCGCAGGGAUAAGAUUCAAGUCUCGUUGCGAGUCCGGGCGCGUAAUUUCGAGGACAUCCAUCCUAUAGAAGGCCAAGUAUAUAGUUUCGUUAUAUAUUCACCUGUCGAGCAGACCAAUUUGCCACGUAAAUGCCGUGCUACAGGAAUUAUUCAUCAAGCAAAUUAUUGAUUAUACGUAAAGGAUAUACGUAAUUUUUUCUAGUUGUGAUCGCAGAAAAAGAUUAUAUUUGUAUUUUAUAAAAUAAUAUACGAAUCUUUUGUAUAAAGUUUGCACAUCACAGUUUGCUAUUCGAGUCAAAAUUUCGGUUUUUUUUUUAUUUUUGGCUCUUUACGACGCGAUACAGGAAAAUUGGUCUGUUUGGAAAGUUAACGACGUUAUACUCGGUAUAGCAUCACGUGCACGUGACGGCAGUGAUGACGAUAAGUUAACAUUGAUUCUAAUUUAUUGUAUGUCUGCCCGAGAGAUGAUUUCGUGUUCACAAGUGUGUUUGUUGUUGACGUUAAUAAUUUUCUGCAUAUCGCGCGUAUCUGCCGAUAUAAAGUGGCACGGAUGUGUG